GUCCCCAUUGAUUGAGCAAUGCACUUUUUUUCCAAGCUACCCUGCCCAACUGCUUGCUCAUCGAGACACCUGUGCUUCUUCUACAGCACUCACAUGUGCCCAAUCUCCAUGACGUUCACAUCUUCACCACAACAACUUGAUGAUUCCAAGGCAGCAGCUGAGCCCAUGCAGAAGAAGGCAUCCUCAUUUGUGUUUUGCUCUCACACAGCUUCAGUUUGGUGGCUUUGCUGUUUUCGAAGAUGCAUACGACCAUGGUUGCACUCUACAUUACAAUUUGCUCUGUCCUGUUCAUCUUGUCCAAGAUGCUCAUCUCGUUUCUGCUCUACAAGAAAUGGGCUCGCAAUAAACGGAUCAUCGAGAACAGCCUGACAGGUGGCAAGAUGGUGAUCUUCCGGUCGGCGGCGAUGCAGUCGCUGAGCCCCAAGUCGUUCCUGUCCAUGAUCAUGGCGCUGUCGAACAAGGACAUCAUCGGCUCCGGCGGGUACGGCACCGUGUACAGGCUCCGCGUCGGCGAGAAGGCGGCGUUCGCCGUCAAGAAGCUGAACCGCGGCAGCGCCGAGAUGGACCGGGGCUUCGAGCGGGAGCUGGACACCAUGGGCGACAUCAAGCACCGCAACAUCGUCCCGCUCUGCGGCUACUACGCCGCCCCGCACUUCAACCUCCUCAUCUACGAGCUCAUGGCCAACGGCAGCCUCGACACCAUCCUCCACGGGAAGGAGGAGACGAGGAGGGCGCUGGGGUGGGCGGCGAGGUGCAGGAUCGCGGCGGGGGUGGCGAGGGGGCUCGCCUACCUCCACCACGACUGCAUCCCGCACGUCAUCCACCGCGACAUCAAGUCGAGCAACAUACUGCUCGACCACAACAUGGAGGCCAGGGUCUCCGACUUCGGCCUCGCCACGCUCAUGAAGCCCAGCGACAGCCAUGUCACUACCGUCGUCGCCGGCACCUUCGGCUACCUCGCCCCAGAGUACUUCGAGACCGGGAGGGCGACGACGAAGGGCGACGUGUACAGCUACGGCGUGGUGUUGCUGGAGCUCCUCACCGGGAAGAGGCCGACGGACGAAUCGUUUCUCGAGAACGGCACAAGGCUAGUGACCUGGGUGAAGGAGACGAUGGAGGAGAAGCGGGAGGAGCACGCGAUCGACAGCGCGCUGGAGUCUUUCCCGGCGGAGGAGGUGAAGUUCGUGUUCAAGGUGGCGGAGAGGUGCCUCGAGUCUGAACCCUGCAACAGGCCAUCCAUGGCAGAGGUUGCCAAGAUGCUCGAGCAAGCGAAGAACACUGCAUAGAUGGUUACUGCGUACUGUAUAGUAUAUACGUACUGUAUGCAACUAUGCAAGUAUACAUAUACAUAGUAGAUUCUUGAUUAGUUGAAAGGUCUUUUUUUUUCCACUCAGAAGUGUUGUUUUUGCGCAAUCCAGCUAUGGUUUUGUGUACUGAACUACUGAUGUUUAAGGUGAUUGUUUCUGGCGAGAUGACAAAGAUUGUAACUACAGGAUGCCAAUUGCAAAUUUGCAAUGCUAGCGAGCAGGUUAUGCAGGAUAAUCCGUGUAGCAAAAACUGCCUGGUUUGGGAAUUUUUGCAUAAGUUUGUGACAAGAAAGUGCCUUAAC